ACGUAGCAUACUCACGACGUCCGAACGAUAUAGAUAUACUUAUGGCAACCCGUCUCGCACAGGUGUCUGGUCACCUCAGCAAUGCACACGGACGCGGGCUUCUCUCAGGAGAGGUAGCUAUCAUCACUGGUGGCGGACAGGGUAUCGGGCGCAGCGCAGCACUGCUGUUUGCAAAGGAAGGUGCCAAGGUUGUGGUUAGCGAUAUUGACGCCAAGAGGGCUGCGGCUGUAGUGGACGAGAUCAAGGCUGCAGGUGGCGACGCAAUAUAUGUCGCAGGGGAUGUUGGCGCAGACGACUUCCCACAACAAAUUGUGGACGCAACUGUAAAGCAGUAUGGCAAGAUUAAUCACAUCGUGAACAAUGCUGGUUUCACACACGACAAAAUGAUUCACACCAUGCCAGACGAGACAUACGACAUCAUCAUGAAAAUCCACGUCCGUGCACCAUUCCGCCUCAUUCGUGCUGCUGCACCUUACUUCCGAGUCAAAAGCAAUGCGGCGGAAAACCGUUCCAUCAUCAACGUCUCUUCGACGUCUGGUCUGCAUGGAAAUGUUGGCCAAGCAAAUUACGCUGCUGCAAAAUCUGCAGUUGUAGGCCUCACUAAGACUAUCGCAAAGGAGUGGGGACCAUUUGGUGUUCGUGCGAAUACCAUUGCAUAUGGCCUCGUGCACACUCGGUUGACCGCGGCAAAAGAGGAUGGUGCAACCAUUGAGAUUGACGGUCAGAAGGUUGCACUGGGCAUUCCUGGAGCAAGGCAACGCGCUGCUACUCAGGACGUUAAAGCUUUUGUGGAUAUUCCUCUGCAGAGAGGUGCCACCCCUGAUGAGGCAGCCGCAGGGAUGCUUUUCCUUGCUUCACCGCUUGCGUCGUACGUGACUGGCCAUACACUGGAGGUGACGGGCGGACGAGGAAUCUGAUGUCGCAUUUUAUUUCAUGACCAAAUAUCUGCUGUGCAAUUAUAUAUCGUUCGACAUUGCUAGGACAUCGAAACUUCAAUCAAACAAUUCACGAGCAGAAUAACCAUGCAUUAAACGUGUCAUCUUCGAUUCUCGUGCCGACAAGCACAUCGAGCUAGCGAUAUCAUCUGGCAGAGCGAAGUCCUCUAGAAUUGAAAGUAAAAGCCGUUGGCGCUUCUGUUCCAUUUCACAGGUAUCGUGCAGGUACUUUCUUCACAGGUUGAGUUAUCUGCCGUCCUGCUUUGUGAUACGACCAAUAUUCUAGAGUUGGGACCCAUGCCACCUAAAUCGACAUCGUACCCGAGACUGAAAUCUAGUCAAUCACGAGGUCUCAAAAAUGCAG